AUAUUUCUGCAUUUUUCAUGUCGCCUCAGCUUGGCAAAUGACCAUAUCAAAUGUCUGUGAUAUUUGAUGAAUUGCACCUCCUUUCUCUGAUGUGUGCGCUCCUGCAUAGGCGCAGUUGUUUAGACUGUGGUCUACGGUCGCUGUAAGCGCAUUUCUUCCCUGUUUUAAAUAAUAUUAAAUGUCUGCUCCAGUUCCAGAGAUGACUGGUUUGCUGUCUCCGCAUGGACAUUUGACUAAAUGUCGGGGAGUAAAUCGCAGGAGCCUAAAGUCGUUUCUGUACAAAAGAUUGAGUUUUAGCUAAUUUAUUUCUCUUUUCGCGUCAGAGUUUUAUUGUAUCUUAAGCAAACGCGCGCGCAAAAAAGAAAAAAAAAUGUGGACUGAAUAUUUUUCAUACGGGAGCUUUUAAAAUGAAGCAAGGAUGUGAUUUUUAAGGUAAUUUUGAUGCAUAGUUUACAAUAGCAGAAGAUGAAUAACUACUCGUAUACCUUUUUGUAUUUUCGGCCCCUUUUUUCCCCCGUAUUAUUUUUAUUCUUAGAGUGGCAUGAUUUGCUUUCGGUUCCUCAGAAGUGCUGGAAGUUUGGACAGCCUGACAGCUCUGCCUCCUUGUAAAUCACUCCCAGUAAUUCCUGAAAGGGUGCGAGGGAGCCUGUUUGGGGGGCCGGCCGAAAACUGUAAAUCUUUCACUUUUAUUACCCCUCUGAACAUAUGCCGGCGACGCUGUACCAGCCCUGCAACCCCCCUUUUUUUUCUUCCUUCUUCCCUUGUUCUGCAGCGACGACAACCCGCCGCUAAACCAAGCAGCCAGCCUGCGGCUUUGAAAUCCUCCUCUGCUAAUCCAGUUUGGUUUUUCCAACGCAUUUGAUGUUUUUUACUUGGCAUCGAACAUUCCCUUUAUUUGGUGAUUAAUGCGGAAAACAACACAGGAGAAGGCAAGCAUGCUCUUGUGACUCUUUGUGCAGCAUCCAUGGUGUUAAGGCAGACAUACACAUAUAUACACACACACACACACACACACACACACACACACACACACACACACACACACAUAUACACAAAUAACAAACGCGGGAUGAUAAUUUGCUUUAUUUGAAUACAAUCCACGACCAGCUGCAAGAGAAGCUCAUGUCAUUUAUUUCAUAAAUCAUUUGUUUUGUUUUUUUUUAAACGCACAUGUCAAACUAGUGUUCUGCAGAAACGUCACUCUCCAUUAUUUGGUGAUGCAUAAAAUGCGUCCGUCAUUCGUUUUAUCACUAAAUCCCUCCAAAUAUGUCGAGGUCCUGGAUUUCUUGCAAAAACGUUAGCACCAAUGCAACGUGAAAUGGACUUGACAUUUUACACGAAUGCAUUGCAAAAAUGGGCAAAAAUGCUGAAAAAACAAACAAACCAAAAAACAAAAAAAAAAAAAAAAAAAAAAAAAAAAAAAAAAAAAACAAAACAAAACAAAACAACAAAAGACAAUACCGAUGGACUAAAAUGGACACAGAACGACAGAAAACAUUCCGGAGUUGUUAAACUGAGGCUUGUUGCAGUCCUUCAUAUUCAAAGAAGAAGUAGAGCCAUUUUCCCAAUCACACACCUCAGACGAGCACAUAAACGCCACCCUUUAUCAAAAUGGACCGGUGAGGUAAGGGCUCCCUGCUUGAAGACGAGAACAAAUCACGUGAACAUAUAUGCUUGUAUCUAAAAGGCAGUGCCAUUUUAUUUGUCAUCAUAAAAGCUUCAGAAACAAGCCACCCCCCAAAAAAAAUAAAAAAUAAUAAAUAAAAAAAUAAAUCCCCAAUCUACACAGGCCUAUCCUCGAUAUCUCACUGGUUGAUUGAUUGCCAGUGGAUUUUUUUUCUCUCUCCUUUCCCCCUCUUCCUUGGAAUAAGGAUACCUUGUUCGCUUUUUUUAUUGGUAGCUGAAAGCGAGUCCUUCCAUUCUUUCGGGAAUACUGUCUCCAACCGGUGUAUGGAAAUGUCUGAAAAACAGCAAGAUCAGGUUUAGGACAGCAUCGUCUGCAGACAGGGAGGAAAAAAAAAGAGAGGAGUGAAGGAUUUAUUCUAGAAGCUGCACGGAGAGGAAGUCAGAGCUGAGAGGCAGCCGCUUUAUGAUGAAUUGAUUCGCAGGUCGCGAUGGAGGCGGUGAUGAAUGCGUGAGCGACAUAAAAGAGAUCUGCGCAGAUUUCGCUCACAGACUGGAGCAACUGUGGGAAACACCAAUCACGUGAAUAAUCAACACCCAUUUUGUGGCUUUGAAUCCACAAAAUGCAGAAGGCAACCUACUAUGACAACUCUGGACUGUUUGGAGGCUACACCUACCCCAAACCAGACUCCUACAGCUAUGGCCCUGCUCACCAGUCCUACCCUGCUCCUAACAUUGACACUGAUUACCAAGGCUCUGUGUGUCCUAUUCAAACCUCCGCGGUUAGGCCACCUCCAGCCCUUAAGGACAGUGACCUGAACGGGGACUGCAUGCGGCAAAGCAGCAGUCAGAGCAACAACAACAACAGCAGCAACAGCAGCAGCAGCAGCGGUGGCAGCAGCCAAGCAAACAGUAUUUCUGAGCAGCAGGUACCCCCACUGUCUGCUGCCUCCCCGAGCUCCAACAGCUCCACAUCCCAGAAGAAGAAGUCUCCAAGCAACAGCGCGUCAGGCCCGGCCACCCCGGCCCUCACCAAGCAGAUCUUCCCCUGGAUGAAGGAGACCAGGCAGAACUCGAAGCAGAAGAGCAACAACAACUGCGCUGCUGCAGGUAGAGAUCCUGAUGGUGGGGAGGUGAGUGAUGAGAAAAGCCCGCCCGGACCGGCCUCCAAGCGGGUCAGAACUGCUUACACCAGCGCGCAGCUUGUGGAGCUGGAGAAGGAGUUUCACUUUAACCGCUACCUUUGUCGCCCACGGAGGGUGGAGAUGGCCAAUCUGUUGAACCUCACCGAGCGUCAGAUAAAGAUUUGGUUUCAGAACAGGAGGAUGAAAUAUAAAAAGGAUCAGAAGUCAAAGGGGCUUGCGCACUCCCCGAUGGGACACUCCCCGGACAGAAGCCCGCCGCUGAGCGGGCCCAAUCACACCGGAUACGCGGGCCAGCUCCAAAACGUGAACAGCCUGAGCUACGACGCGCCCUCGCCGCCGCCCUUCGCCAAGCCCCAGCAGAACAUGUACGGCCUGGCCGCGUACACGGCGCCGCUGGGCGGCUGCAUCCCUCAGCAGAAGCGCUACCCGGGCUCCGAGUACGAACACCACAGCAUGCAGAGCAACGGAAGCUUCGCCAACGCCAAUUUGCAAGGCAGCCCCGUGUACGUGGGUGGGAACUUUGUUGAUUCCAUGCCAGCCUCGGGCCCCAUGUUCAACCUCGGCCAUCUCCCCCACCCAUCAUCCACCAGCGUGGACUACAGCUGUGCAGCUCAAAUCCCAGGAAACCACCACCACGGACCGUGUGACCCCCACCCCACGUACACAGACCUCACCUCUCACCAAGUUUCUCAGGGAAGGAUUCAGGAAGCGCCCAAGCUGACGCAUUUGUAAUAUUAUGACGUUUCUUGUGCGUGCGUGUGUAUGUGUGCGUGUGUGCGUGCGUGCCAAAUUACGUUGCGCUCUUUUUUAUUACCUCACUAGACUAUUAACUAUGCUCCGAGAGAGCCGUGUGUACUAUGACAGUAUUAUUGAUAUUAUUAUUAAUGCUAUUGUGUAAUUAUUUUCUAAAUAAUACAGCUUUGUCCAUUUCUCUUAAAAUUUGGAGAAGCUCUAGCCUGAUUGUUAAUAGUUCUUUUGUUGUUUUUUCCCCUUUUCGUUUAUUCUCAAGUGCAAUGCGCAAUGUUUGACUGAAUAUUUCAUGCCGUUACUUGAAGGUAAGUCUUGUAGAUCACAAAAAGUAGAAGAUCAUUCUUAGAUGGAAAGAUUUUUAGGGGGAAAAAAAAGAAGAAAAAAUUGUCUGCUUGUUAAAGGAUCUCAUUUUUUUCCUCACCCUAUUUAUUUAUUGCGUCAUUAAUUUUGCAUAAUCCCCGGCACUAUAGCAUAUAGCCUAUUUAAUUAUUUAAUUGCUUUUGUAUUGCACAUUAUUUAUCGUUUAUUAUGCGAGUAUUUAUAAGUGUGGAUUUCCGUUGUUGCCAGAUCGGACAGAGCGGUGCACUUGUUGGGCAAAACAGGGUUUGUGUAUUUUUUUUAUUUUAUUUUAUUUUUUUCAGAAAUGCUACCGAGUAUUGAUGGAGCAUUUCGAAUUGUAUAAAUCUGAGACAAAUGGGGGCAUUUUAUAGCGAGUAAACAUGUCCACGGUUAAUCUCGUGUCAAAACCUUAAGCGAAACGUAGACUAUCGAAAAAUCAAAUAUUACGCACACCAGCAUGUCAUUUUGUGUAGUCCCUUGCGUUUCCUUUUUUUCUUUGUUGUUGUUGUUAUAAUUAUUUGUCUUCCAUUGUUAUUCCAUUCAGUUGGACACCCAUAAAUUUAUGAAACCCCGAUGAUAUUGAAAUGUUAUAUUUUAUUGUGUUUAACAUUUUGUAAAUAAAGUGCUUAAACUUGUA